CAGACCACACUCCCCUCCCCCGCCCCUCCCCACCUCCCGCCCCCUCUCUCACACAAGAUCAUCCUCAUCCUCAUCAUUUUCCAUGUUCCCUCGCUCCAUUUCCACUAAUCACAGCCGUUGAUCUCCCUCUCCAUGUCCUUCAAAUCCAGCUUCCCUACUAUCAACCACGACUUCUACCACAAAUCUCCAUUCACUCUCCUCCAUGUCAUCAAAAAUCAAUCACCACCACCAUAUCAACGGCCACGAUUCUAUCCCUCCACCCUGUCCCCACCUCGCCGAUUUCCGUUCCCGUAACGGCACUAAACCCUUCCACCUCCUCCAAAACUGCCUCCGCAUCAAACCACCUCACGGCCGCGCCUCGAUCCGUCGUGACCCCUCAGAGAUCCCUCGCUGUGGCGCGUGCGCCGUGUCCUCUGUCCCCCGCAUCUACGCUUGCGUAACCUGCGCUACCAUCUCCUGCCACGCGCCUCCGGAACCCUCCCAUGCGGCGGCGCACGCCGCCUCCAUGGCUCCUGGUCACGAGAUCUCCGUCGAUGUCGACCGUGCAGAGCUUUUCUGCUGCGCGUGUCGCGAUUAUGUUUACGAUCGCGAUUUCGACGCGGCGGUGGUGCUGUCAUCUAAGGCCAACAAUAUUCAUAGCAAUGUUAAUAGCGAUAAUCUCCGCAAAAAACGGAGGAUUGUUGAGUACCGGCCGUGGCUUCCGGAUAUCCAGGAGCGCGUGCUGGUGAAUAACAAUUCGAGUGUGUUGAAUUUUGUAGAGGAUCGGCCGUGGGGGUUGAGAGGGCUGAAUAAUUUAGGGAACACUUGUUUUAUGAAUUCAGUGUUGCAGGCAUUGCUGCAUACUCCGCCUUUACGGAAUUAUUUUUUGAGUGAUAGGCAUAAUAGAUAUUAUUGUCAACAAAAGAAGAGUGGUAAUGAGAAUGGGGUUGUUGGUGGAAAGAGAAGUAAUGGUGGUGAUGGUAAUGGGGGUAAGGGUUUGAGGCUGUGUCUGGCUUGUGAUAUGGAUGCUAUGUUUUCUGCUGUUUUUUCGGGGAAUCCCGUGCCUUAUAGUCCCGCCAAGUUUUUGUACAGUUGGUGGCAACAUGCAGCAAACUUAGCAAGUUACGAACAGCAGGAUGCGCAUGAGUUUUUCAUUUCCAUGCUUGAUGGGAUCCAUGAAAAGGUGGAGAAGGAUCGACACAAGACCCAUGGUCUAGGCCAUGGAGAUUGUUGCAUUGCCCACAGAGUAUUUUCUGGAAUCUUGCGAUCUGAUGUCAUGUGCACAGCUUGUGGUUUCACAUCUACUAAGUAUGACCCAUGCGUGGACAUUUCUCUGGAUUUGGAACCUUACCUGGGGAGUUCUGCAAAGUCUAUGUCUUUGAAGACUCCUUCUUGCAAUGGUGAGGCGGAUUGCACGAAUUCAAGCCAAAAUGGUGGGAUAUCAACACUAAUUGGGUGCUUGGACCGAUUUACUAGACCUGAGAGAUUGGGCUCUGACCAGAAAUUCUUCUGCCAACAGUGUCAGGUGAGGCAGGAGUCUCUAAAACAGAUGUCUAUAAGAAAGCUUCCACUCGUUUCAUGCUUUCAUAUCAAAAGAUUUGAACAUUCUUCCAUACGUAAAAUGUCAAGGAAGGUUGACCGUUAUCUGCAAUUUCCUUUUUCAUUGGACAUGGCACCUUAUCUUUCUUCUUCUAUCUUGAGGAGUCGAUUUGGAAAUAGGAUCUUCCCAUUUGACGGAGAUGAAGCAGAUGCUUCAAAAGAAAUGUCAUCAGAGUUUGAGCUGUUUGCUGUGGUCACUCACACAGGUAAACUUGAUUCUGGUCACUAUGUGACUUAUUUGCGCUUAAGUAAUCAGUGGUACAAGUGUGAUGAUUCUUGGAUCACUCAAGUCAAUGAGAACAUUGUGAGGGCUGCGCAAGGGUACAUGAUGUUUUAUGUACAGAAGAUGCUCUAUUACAAAGCUGGCGAGAAACAAGUUGCCCAGUGAUAUAAUGGGAAGUGGAGGAUUGGUGGUCAACUCAAGUUCCCUGGACAAAGUAAUCAACGAGUCUUGGUUUGAUGAAGAAUUCUGCAUCCAUGGGAUGCCAUGGCCAAUUUUCUAUACCAAAAAAAAAACACUGUGAUUUUCACAUCACAAAUGAAAGAUAAGAUCAAGCAUCAAUUUGCUUUAUGAGUAUUCCAGGUGGUAAUCACUUAUCCUCAGUUGCAACAUAAAGCGAACCUGAGUUUUUGAGGCGCUUGAAAGUUCAUCCAUUCAGGAAUAUUAUUUUUAUGAAGGUAUGAAUUCCUUGAAGUUGAUUCUUGAUUUAGUUAGUGCCCUAAGUUUUUUUCUGCUCAUUCAAGUAUUGUGGGUGGGUUGAUUCCUUUUUUCACGCAAAUCCUCUCAGAAGUUGCAAUACUUGGGAGUGUAGUUCAUGGGUGAGCUAGUACUUACACGGUGUAUCUAUGUCAAAAAUCUGAUAUAAGAGUUGAAUUCGCCUUUUUUUCCCCUA